CACGCAGUUUCCUACUAUGAAGUGCACCUCGAUUUUACUUCCACUCGCUUUAAAUUUUUUCCUGGUCAUCAACGCCUCCGAUAGAAAUAAUUGCAGUUCCGAUCCAUUUGCCACAGACGAGCGGCGUCUCAGGAGCAAACUGCUGGGCAACUAUGACCCUCAGGUCAUCCCUUUGAACCCUCCCAACGUGACCAGAGUCACUGCCAGCUUGAAUCUCGACCUCAAACACAUUUUGAUCAAUGACGGAACAAGCACAAUCACUGUCACGGCCUGGGUUACAACCAUGUGGAAUGACGGCCAGUUGGUUUGGAAUAAAACUGAUUAUGGAGAUCUUGAGCGAAUUGUCGUUUCGAGCAAAAAUAUUUGGACUCCAGAUUUGUCCAUCUAUAACUCUGACAUGAAGCAAAUGCACCUUUUUCACGACGCAACAAGCUGCAUGGUGAUUGACGCGGGCAUCGUCGCUUGCGUCGCAAAUCUCAACUCGCCAAUCUAUUGCCGCGCAGAUUUGCAGCGAUGGCCAUACGAUUCGCAAACCUGCCAGCUGGAAAUCGGCUCCUGGGCCUACACCGGAGACCAAUUGCACAUUGAGAAAGCUACUGAGGAGGGUUACAGCUCUGUCCAAGGAAUCUACUUUGAAAACAAUCAAUGGGCCCUUCGGAAAAUCACUGCUAGAAACAUGAACGACUGCUGCUCAAACAACACGCAUCCUUUCGUCAAAUGGAACUUCGAAGUUCAGAGGCACGCAGGCCUCUUUGAAGCCACUUACGUUGCACCGGCAUUUUUCUUUGCAGGCUGCACCCUAAUGAGUUUCUGGGUUAAAACUCUCGCGACCAGAAUCCUUUUGUGCUGUGCUUCGCUUGUGUGCAACACUUUAAUUUUGACCAGUCUCGUCGGUCAAAUUCACGCCUCGGGCGAUGAUCGACCAAACAUCGUUUUAGCGUACAGAGACUCAUUGGCUUUAACGUUGAUCAGUUUGGUGUUUUCUGUUGCGAUGCCUUGGUUGCAAGGAGCGGACAGUCCGUACCUGCUGACGAAACUGGUGGAUUUGGUAAAAACUAGAGGGGGACGACCGGGUUUAAUGCUUUUGGGCUCAGAUUUGGAAAGUGGAUCCACGGAGGAACUUGACGACGGCCAAAAUGAAAGGGUUGCAAGCGGGCCCAAGUGCGUGGUUUUCACGACUUUCCUGGACAGAGCAGCUUUUUUCAUUUUACUUGUUAUAUACAGCUUGAUGUUGUUUGCUUUACUUCCGUAGCCAAUGUUAAUUUAUGGCGAAAUAAAUGAUAAAUGUGUGACAA